AAGUACAGCGUAAAAGGAAAUGGUGAUGACAGUAGCCGAAAGGGUCAUUGCAAGGUUAUUUCUUCGCACUUCUUCUAGCAAAUUAAUUGCUUUGCAGAUAUCCCGUUCAUUCAGUAGCUGCGAUAAGAGUAACAAAAACGAGAUGUCUCGUAAAUUUUGUGUGGGUGGUAAUUGGAAGAUGAACGGCAACCAACAAUCCAUUGCCGAAUUGUGCAAAAUACUGACUGAAGGACCUUUGGAUCCCAAUACUGAGGUUUAUGUAGGUGUACCAGCCCCUUAUCUCAUAUACGUGCGCAGCUUGCUGCCCUCUUCCAUCAAUGUAGCUGCACAAAAUUGUUACAAAGUGGAGAAAGGUGCCUUCACCGGUGAAAUCUCUCCAGCGAUUAUCAAAGACACUGGUGCCGGCUGGGUUAUUUUGGGCCAUUCGGAACGUCGUCAAAUCUUUAAGGAAAGCGAUGAGCUCAUUGCUGAGAAAGUGGAACAUGCGUUGGCCUCUGGCUUGAAAGUAGUUGCAUGCAUUGGCGAGACACUGGAAGAACGCGAAUCCGGAAAAACGCAAGAAGUAGUUGCUAGACAAAUGAGUGCAAUAGCUCAGAAGGUUAAAGAUUGGAGUAAUGUCGUUAUUGCAUAUGAGCCAGUAUGGGCUAUUGGCACUGGCAAAACUGCCACGCCAGAACAAGCGCAAGAAGUGCAUGCCUAUUUGCGUCAAUGGUUGGCUGAAAAUAUCUCAAAGGAAGUGUCAAACACACUACGGAUCGAAUAUGGGGGUUCAGUGACUGGUGCCAACGCAAAAGAUUUAGCCAAACAGCCUGACAUCGAUGGUUUUCUUGUGGGCGGUGCAUCCCUGAAACCUGAGUUCGUGCAAAUCGUCAAUGCUAGACAGUAAACAGAUGAAAGUUUCUGUUGAAAAGCACAACUGCCCUUUUAGAAAAAAGGCCUAUGGCAUCCGAUUCAGGUUAUACUUAUUAUACAAAUAUGGAUUAUGUUAGUGUUUUUGCUUAGCUUACCUUCAUACAUACAUAUGUAGCUAAUCAGUGGAUGUUGAAUCAUUGUUACGAGUACACCUAUUCGCAUUUUAUUAUGCGUUGAAAUUAGCGUGAAGAAAA